AUGCCGCCUUCUGGUCGUAAGGGUAAGACCCGUGCGCGAAGAGCGCCUGCUGCCACCGAGACACACGACCCAUCCGAUGCCGAUACCCCAGAGGCCAUCCCCACCCCUACCAGAGGCUCAAGGAAGCGCGCUCGAGGCGGUGACACCAUGACCGCUGCUCCGCGCACCAAGAGAAACAAAGUCAAGGACACACGGCCAGUCGAGCGCGAAGAUACGGAGGGCACCGAGCCCGGCGACCAGAGCGACAACGAGACCGAGCCAUCAACACCCACUGAACAGGAGAUCAUCGCGAGCCUGAAAGUUGCCGACAAGCAAGUCAAUGCGACGGAGGACUUCGCCAAUGAGCUGCUCGAAGGACAGGAGAGUGUCCCUGGAUAUGGCAAGAUCGCUGGCCGUGACUGGGUCUUUAUCAUCCGCAAGAUUGAGAUCAAUAUCGGCCGUCCCGAGGCUCAGGAGAGGCUUGCUACCGAUGGAGAUGGCACUCGAAGCACGCCCAGUGCGAAGAGUGUCAUUGAUAUCGAUUUGGGCCCGGACCGCCAGAUCUCCAGACUGCAUGCUGUCAUUUCAUACGAUCCUGACACCAUGCAAUGGUUCCUCGUGGUCAACGGACGCAAUGGAGUGCGCGUCGACAACAACAUGUUCAGACGCGGGAGCAAGACCUAUCUUCGCAAUGGAAGCGUCAUUGAGAUCGCCAACACGCAAAUGGCCUUCAUUACCACGCCUACCGAACAAAGCGAAGGACCUGUCUGGGACGCUUCCAUCCUUCGCCAGGCUCAAAAGUCGUCAGAAGAAGAUGAGGAUGGCGAGGAGGACCCACGAGGAAACAGUGGUCGCAGCCAUGCUCGCUCAGGACGAAGCCACCUGCAGGAUCAGACCAUGUAUCAGUCGCAUCACAGUAGCCAGCAGCAGAAUCAGCAGUACCAACAACAGCAGCGCACGCAUCCUCACUCUCAGCGUGGAAAUCUGCAAGCUACUCCGGGUACACCAAUGCGGUCGCAGGCAUCAUGGGGAAAGUCAUCGCCUGCAGCAAACUACGCCAGAGGUGUAAUGAUGGAGUCGACGGAAAGCAUUGACUACUCUGCCGACAACGCGAAAGACCUCAAGCCGCCGCACUCUUAUGCGCAGUUGAUCGGCAUGGCGAUCCUCAGCACACAAGAGCAGCAGAUGACCUUGAACAACAUCUACAAGUGGAUCAUGGCAAAUUACGCAUUCUAUCGAUUUAACACGGGCGGCUGGCAGAACAGCAUUCGUCACAAUUUGAGUCUGAACAAGGCAUUCACAAAGAUUGCGCGUCGUACAGACGAGCCAGGAAAGGGCAUGAAGUGGAUGAUUGAGCCGACCGAGUUCGACAACUUUGUCCAACAGGGCAUGAAAGGCUGUAGGCGACCGAACCCCAUCCCGGGUACUCAGAGUACCUUGGGAUCUCCUAACAGCCCUAUGGAUCGUGUGAGACCAGGUGUCAAGAGAGAUGAAGACAAUACACCACCAUUGAAUGCCUACCAACCUUCCUAUCACACUGCCAUGGAGGCUUACACCCCUGACCGCGGUUCACGACGACCAGCUACAGGCGAACUCAACAGUAGCGUCGGUCUCGGCAUCGAAGGCAACAGUCUCGUAGACUAUGAGUACCCGCAGCGCUCAACGCCUCGGAAUGGCUUGAGUGCCAUUGCCAAUGCCGCAGGCUCUCCUCCAGCUCUGUAUGUCAACGACGAUGGCCGCACUGGAGCUUUGGACACCCCAUUUCCCCUGCGUCCAUCGCAGCGAUUGGCGCCGCCGAGUACCUUGAGGCGGCCGAGCGAUUUUAUCCAGUUCAGCAGUCCAGCUCCGUUUUGGAAGAUGGAGGGCCUCGUAGGCAGCACCCCAUUCAAGCCGUUCGAUCUGAGCCCACUCAAGACUCCCUUUCCGACUCUCAAGAAGGGCGCCGAUGCCGAGCAAAAGAAGGAUGAAGAGAUUGGGAGUUCCCCUGUUGAUGAUGGUGGCGAGAAGGAUCAGGAGGCCGAGCCGAAGGGCAAGGGCAGUCCCGUGAUCAGCUCUAGUAGUCCACCCCGGCCACACAGUGCGACUCAUGGUCUGGACGCCAGCCCAACGCUCAGCAGACCAGCCACUGCGGUGGCUAAAACUCUCAGUCAACUCGCCAACAGUGGCAAGGAGCACCAGGAACAGACUGAUGGCUCCAGCAAGACUCCACCAACGGGAAAUGGCGCUGCUCCAGCUCUCCCGGCUCAACAGCAGCACACUCCGCCCACGACGGUGAGCCAAUCCUCUCAACCGGCUCCACGUCGUGAGCUGCCUCAGACUGCAGUCGCGAAUAGCUUCGAGUCGUCCAGGCAGUCUGCAAAUGGCAGCUACAACGCAGGGUUUGCAGGUAGCAAUGGCGCCCAGGCGAACGGCUACCACGCUGAUGAUGGAGAGGACGAAGGCAUCGAUCUUGUCAAGUAAGUUGACUACAGGUUCGUGGUUCGAGAAGCGAGACUGACCAGUCCUAGGGGAUUCCAACCUAUUGGUGCCUUUCAUCAGCGCAACCAUCUAGCCAUGAAUAUAGGCAUGGCAGGCGCCGGGUCUGGAUCCUUUGGUCGGUAG